GACAAUCAAAACAUAACCUCUUUCUUUCUUUCACAUGUCACAUUACAGCCUUUCUUCUUCAUUUUCAAUUUUAUUUUUAUAUUAAAUAAAUAAAUAAUUGCGCAGAUUUCCUUGACUUUUCGAAUGUCAGCUCGUUACUUUUAUCUGGAUGUACAUCUGUAAGUGUUGCAUCUUUAUCGCGUUAAAUUACAUCACGUUACUUUGUCGGCAAUGUAGAAGAGAGGUUGAGAGUAGAGUGAGUGCCCGGAGGACCAUAGAGAAGUGCAUAGACGCUGUGUUCGGCGAGGUGGGUGCAGCCCAAGUACUUGUGGACGUGCUGAGCUGUGAGCCGAGAAAGGGAGGCUCUCAGUUGUUGCUUAGAGUGCCUGCUCGGGAGCUGAGGAGGUUACGAUCUGCUCUUGCUCUACAUCCCACUGGGCCGGUGGUAGUCAAAGAAGCACCUUCAUUGCAAGCUCUUAUUUAACCAUUAAUUCUAAGAUGUCGGGUCGAUCCAUUGAGUCGUCGGGUCCGGGCGGCAAGGACGUGGUGAUAGUGGCGUCGCGCGCGGAGCUGAGCGCGCCGAGCUCCGUGCGGCUGCCGGAGCCCGAGCCGGCGCCGGGGCUCAUCCUGCCGGACGGCAGCAUCAACUGGGGCUGCCCGUGCCUCGGCGGCAUGGCCACCGGCCCGUGCGGGCCGCAGUUCAGGGAAGCCUUCUCGUGUUUCCACUACAGCGAGGCGGACCCGAAAGGCAGCGACUGCUACGAGAAGUUCAGCGUGAUGCAGGAUUGCAUGGCGGGCUUCCCCGAGCUGUACGGCCGCGACGACGACGACCUCGCCGACGCCGUGGACGCCGCCGUGUCCGCCGCCGGGGACGCCGUGUCCGCCGCCGGGGACUCCGCGGCCGCCGCGCGCAAGGAGCACGCCGCCGCAGAUAAACAUUGAGCUCGUUGAUGUUCAGCUCGCAUUGCAUCGCAUUUCAGAGGUCUACAAUAUCUACAGGUCCGAAGGUUCCUUUGGGCCGAGAGGAUUAACUUGCCUGAUUCCCAUACAUCAGCGCCGAGUUCGAUAUGAUACUAUUUCACUUAGCUGCCAUAACAACUGAUUCAUAUAGAUAGGACGUCUAAAUUAGUUGAUAAGUAGACUUAAUAUAAAAAACCACCAUUGUUUUGUAAAUCUGAAUGGAGGAGGCGUAGUUCCUAUUUUACGCCCUUUAGUGGCUUCUGAAUAUUGCACGGUGUUGUAAAAACUACUGGAAAUAACAGGUUUAAUUUUGGCGUGUUAUAUUUGAGAAAUGUUAUGUAUCCAUAACCCUUUCAGAAUGAAUUUUCUUAAUAACAGUAAAAACUGCAUCAUAAUUCGUUGUACUUGCUUAUAUGUAUAGAAGCAAUUGGUAAAAGUGAUCCUUACAAAAGGUCAUGUCAUCACUACUUACCCGAAACAGCCCAGCUUGCAUGAAUCAGAUGAUUAAAGAAAUGCCGUGCAUUUAUUGUUACGAAGUUCUCUAAAAAUUUAUCCAGAUUGGUAAGAUAAUAUACAAAGUACUAACUAUAACUGAUGUACAGUGGAGCCGCAUAGCAAAAUAUACUCACUGUAUUGUAAGUAUUAUAAGUCUUUAUGUGGCCUGUGUAUGAAAUGCGUAGGUUAUAGUUUGUUACGUUGUGCAAUAAUGUCGGCUCAAUGAUGAAGAUUGCGUCCUUGAUCAAGUUCCGGCGGCAUCGCGAUGGACUAGCGGCUAUGACCUCGGCUUAGAUGACAUUAUUACGCCAUUUGCAUUUUAUCUAUGUUUUUUCCAUGAUGAGAAACCUAUAUUUAUAAUGGAAUUAAAUGGCUGAUGGGCUAAUUGAUGUACUUGUCACAUAUAUUUUAAACAUACGUUUUUCAGAAAAAUGUAUAUUGAUUGUCUAAAAUUGUGUCAAAAUACGAGUAAUAUUGAACAACAGGCAGUUAAAGGUCAAAUGUACCAUGUAGGUACUCAGUGGCUAUGUCAUGUAUACUUUAUUUCUAUUUCAUUAUAACUUCCCAACUUCAGAGGUUCGAUAUAUUUGUUUAGUUUAUUUUUGUCAACUAGUUAUGUAGGUAUUUAAGAAACAAGAUAUUUUAGCUGAGAAUCAAAAAGAUCCGGUCGCGAAUGAAGUAUCGAUUUCAAUCCUAGCCUAGCGAUGACACGUGAUCAUGUUUUGUAGAUUUAGCCUUAAUUAUACCGCGGCGCGACGGAAGACCUAGAACUACAAUAAACUUUGUUUUCGUUUA